UAAUUCGAGAAUUAUUUAAUAUGGUUUUGAUUCGGCGUGUUUUGCGAUAGCGCAAUUUCUGCUACGUACGAAAAUCGGCCAUAGCGAAAAGUCUCAUAUCUUUUGACGCAUAGUACAAUUCAGUAGGACAGUAGUUUUCGUAUAGUAUUUACUUAGUAUGAAGUUAUUAAUAGUUUUUCUGGCGGUCCUUGUAAUCAGUACCGCUGUGAACAGCAAGGACGAACCGAAAAAGGAUGAACCAAAAAAAGAUGAACCGAAAACGGAUGAACCCAAAACCGAUGAAUCCAAAACGGAUACUACUGAAGAAGAAGAUAAAGAAAAAGCUAACGAUGUAGCGAAGCGAUUUGAAGAGCGAGCGGUCAAGACUCUACAAGCGAUCACUGACAACACAAAGGAGGUUAUCGAGCUAGCCAAGGAUGCGGUUGAAAAGUCAGUGACCAAAGCUGAAACGGAAGCAGCGGCGGCAUUGAAAAGACCAGAGGAAAUCGUUGAGAAGUUCAAAAAAAUCAAAUCAAAAGUGGAGAAGGACUUGAAGGAAUGCAAUGAUAAGUUUUUGGGAGACGCUAGCAUUUUAGGACAUUUACUUGCAAGAGAAAAACAGCUUCGAGAAUUACUUAAGGAACUCAAAGAAUGUCCAACUGAUAACAUAAAUGGAAUGGGAUGUACUCUAGGAAAGUUAAUCCGAGGCGAGGAUAUGAGGAAAGAAGUUGAAAGUAUUGUGGAGUCAGAAAAGGGCACCCCCAAAGAGAGAGCAACGGCAAUAAUUGAAUGGGUUGAAAAAUGUAACGAAAGAGCCGUGGAAUCUGCAACGAAAGCGAUCAAAGAAUUUAUGACUGAAGUCAAGGAAUGCACGAAGAAAGAUGAGCUCUAGUAACUCCUAAUU